CACCAGAAGUUCGGAUCAGAUCGUAACUUGACUGUGGCAGAGUUGUUAUCAAGACGAGAACAAACACCAAAACAAUGACAGCAUACAUUGACUUCGACUCGCAGGAGUUUGAAAUGAGGGAUUUCUUCCUCACUACCCUGGAACAAACAUGCAGGGUUCAACUGAACGACAGCGAGGCGAAGAUCUCCCGCAGUGCAUCCGAGGGGAGAAUCCUCCUGGAGGUCCAACAGGACGAACUGGGCAAUUUCUUUGAUUGUCUUCCUGAACAGCAGGACAACAACUGGGGCCAAGAGAAGGCCCUGUUGCAGAGGGAGAUAUCUGGCCUGAAAGCCCAGCUCGCUAAGGCUCAGGCUAAAUGUGGCCACUCUCCAUCCAGGGAUAAAUCCCUGAAAUCAGAGUUGGAGAAGAUGAAGGGGGAGAACGAGGCACUUCGAAAGGAAUUGGAGGAAAUUAUGUCUGUGCUCCGCGCUGAAAGGAAGAUGCUCGCUGUGGCUAAAACAAACACCGAGUUGGAGUUGGAGAGCCUGCUCGAGAUUGAAAGGGCUCAAACUAAAGAACUACAGGGAGAGCUGAGCAAGACAAAGGCUGACCUCCAAAAGACGACGGAUGAGGCGAAGACCCAUCAAGCCCAGUUCAACGAGCAGAGAGCAGAGACAGAGAAGAAUGCCGCCAUCCAGGAGACGACAGAGCAAUUCAUAUCCAACUGUCUGUCUGACCUGGAAGAACUCCGAGUCAAUAAGAGUGAGAUGAUUGAUGCUCUGAAGUACGCUGACGAGAAGCUGAAGUCUGGACAUCGCAUGUGGCGGGCGGACAAGUUAGCUCACUAUACGGAGCUGGAAACAUCCCAACGCUCCCAUCUUGCCCAGCUGGAGAUGCAGCACGAGGAGCAUAAGACCAUCGUGGCUGAUCUAAAGACAAAGUUGGAAGAUCAGCGAGCGAGUGACCACUUCUGGCAGCAGGAAUUGAUCUCCGUGCUGGAGGAGACUGAGAAAACCAGAGCCUCCUUUGCUGCUCAGCUGGACGAGCAAAAACAGAGCAACGACACCCUCGUGGCUGCUCUGGAGACGGCUGAGCAGCAGAUAGAGAGCCAUCGCAUCGAGUGCCAGGAGUCAUCCCUCCUUCAGGCCAAGGCCACCGAAAGCGUCCAGCAGACCACCGAGAGCUCCCCGAGGUCCAACAAGACUAGGACCAAGUGGUACCGGAGGUUCUACUAAUGCCACGCUCAGGAGAAAGAAAAUGCACAUACACAUACAUUUACACACACACGCAUUUGUUCUUGUAUCGUUGUGAGGAUCAAUCAGUCUUGACCCCUAAACAGCACUUGUGAAAAGGGUUGUUUGAGGGUUGACACUUCAUUUUACUAUGGGAAAGUGAAGUGAAUUCACUUUUCUGGUGUAAAACCUGUCCUCACAAAGAUAUGAUUACUAAUGCACAAACACCCAGCUGUCCGAGGAGAGGGGAUCUCUCUUUGAAUUGCCUCUCCCGAGGUCUCUCCCCAUGUCCUUUAUGCUAUUCUAAUGUUCAUGGGGAGUUUUUCCUCGUCUUCUUAGAGAGCUGGGGCUGGGCAUCUGUAGCUGAUCUGGGUCUGUGAGGCCCACUGAAACACCUUCAGCUACGCAAAUAAUCUCCUGUUGUAAAUAUAUACCAUUUAACUCCUCUGGGGAAUAAAAACCUAAAAGAAGUUAAUUCUA